CAGUUUCUUCGUAAAUGAAUUGCUUGGCGUGCCUUUUAAAAAACUGAGACGCUUUCACUUUGAAGGCCGCGCCACUGUUAGAGCACAGAGAGCUAGACGCAGGGAUAAAAGCCAAGGGUUUCAAAUCCAGCGUGGAGCGAGUGACCCAACCAGCUACAAGAGUUUGGGAGACUGCUUCCGGACAAUUUUCCAGAGAGAAGGGAUCUUUGGCUUCUACAAGGGAAUCCUGCCUCCGAUCCUGGCAGAGACCCCAAAGCGAGCAGUGAAGUUUUUCACCUUUGAGCAGUACAAGAAGUUGCUGAGUCUGAGCCCUUUGUCUCCGGGUUUGGCAUUGUCUGCAGCAGGCCUCGGCUCAGGCUUGACUGAGGCUGUUGUUGUCAAUCCAUUCGAAGUGGUGAAAGUCAGUCUGCAGGCCAACAGAGAUUCCUUCAAAGAGCAACCCUCUGCUUUUGCCCAAGCACGGUAUAUAAUCAAGUCAGAUGGUUUUGGACUGAGAGGUCUGAAUAAAGGAUUAACAUCAACACUGGGACGCCAUGGAGUUUUCAACAUGAUCUACUUUGGCUUCUACUUUAAUGUCAAGGAUGCUAUUCCCACCAGCCCGGACCCCACAUUAGAGUUCCUGAGGAAAUUUACAAUUGGCCUGAUGUCGGGAACCAUCUCCUCAUGUGUGAAUAUUCCCUUCGACGUAGCAAAGAGCCGCAUUCAAGGCCCCCAGCCAAUACCAGGAGAGAUCAAGUACCGCACCUGCUUCCAGACCAUGGCGUUGGUGUCCCGCGAAGAGGGUUACCUGGCUCUAUACAAGGGGUUGGUUCCCAAGAUUAUGAGACUUGGACCAGGUGGAGCGGUGAUGCUACUGGUCUAUGAAUACAUGUCUGCCUGGUUACAGAAAAACUGGUAAUAAGGUGAACAGGGAAGAUAAAUUAAAGCCUUUCAUUUCUGUUUCCCAAGUUAUUCCUGUUUAACAGAUUUACCAACUGACCACAAAGCCUUUAUUUUUAAAGAUUUUACAAAGAUACCAAAUCAGCAUAUUUGGUCAAAAUACCAUCAUGCUCAGGAAUAAAAGCUGAGCUUAUUUCUAAUAAAGUUCUGUUGCUCAAUAGAAUCUUUUAACACAUUAAGUUUGCACCUAAUUAUAUUUUUUAUCUUAUUAUUUUUUUCAGUAUCAAACAACCCAGCAUAAGCAAAGCAAAUACUGACUUUAUAAAGUGACCUUUGUAAACAAAGCUCUGGUGUUAGUUGAGAAAACACAUCAGAACAACAGGUUUCAUUUUACAGGUAAAUCUGAGCAUUGUUAAAAUGAGAUAUUAGUCAUCUUGGAUGAGAGGUUUUUAUUUUCAGUUCCCACUUAUUAAAAAUUGAUCAGAAUAUAAUGAAUAAAACUUAGAAUCAUGUGAUGGCUUUCACCGUCUGAGAUGCUAUAACUCCCUUACAGUUAAGACGAUGUGGAUGAUUACAGUAUUUUGAUCCUCUUUGAAUUUAAACACCAACAUAUUUAAAGCUUUAAACUGUAAGAAAGUAAAAAAAAAAAAACUUUGAAGUUGUUUACAUGAUAAUCCAUUUCCUGUCUGCCAUAAAUUAAGAUGUAAAUGGCUUUAUAAACCAAACGUGUUUUUUUCCCUGACUGGUAAACUAUCACUCAUGCUAAGUAAAAAGGGUUAAAUGCUUUUUGCUUUUUUUUAUGCACUUCAAAUUUGGACUUAGACAGACACAGUUUACAAGUCACACAACAGGCCAAUAUAAAACAUCUUAGAAAUCUUUUUUUUCCUCAGUGUUUCACAAUAUUCAGCUUUUCUGGUGUUUCUUCACCGGAAAGAAUUGCACAUCAGUGAUGCUUUUCCCCCUUGAGGUUUUCAUUGUGCUCCUUUUUUUUUUUUAAAGCGCGUAGGUAAUUUCUGUCAUUAAAACAUGUGGUUGUUCUUAUUUUAACAGAAUUGUGUUCUUUACCCAUCCCUUCUGGGAAUCAGUCCAAACCAAUUAGUGAGUUUUAUGGAAAAAAAACCAUUGCGAACACACGGACGACACAAAAUAAAUCACUUGGCAUCUAAAGGAUCUUUGUACUUAUCCAUGUGAAAAAUAUGACAUUCGGGUCAGUCAGAGUUACCAAAUCAUACUAACAAAUACUAACAGAUCCAGCUAGUAAAAUUGUAUUCAACUUGCAUCUAAUGUGAUAGACCGAUCAUGACGUGGAGAUAAAAUUAUACGGGGUUUUCAACAUUAAAAAAUAGUGUGUAUUUGUAUAAGUCUCCAGUCAGUCAACACUUUGGAGAGCCUUUCACUGUAAGUUAAGGAUUUUGGGGUAUGUCUCCACUGGCUUUGCAGUUAUAAAAGCUGACAUUUCUACCCACUCUUUGUCCAAAUGGAUGGAAAAUAAACAUCAAUGUUCAAGUUUUUCCACAGAUUGUCAAUUAAAUUAAAGUUUGGUAUUUGCCCGGCUCACAGAUCUAAACCAGGGGGCUACAACCUUUACAAUCCAAAGAGCCAUUUUUGACUUCAGUUUGGCUAAAUACAUCUGAUUUAGAGCCAAUAAUUUUGCAUGACCUUUAGAAUAAAGACAACUGGUUUUGGAAUGAUGGAAAACAACAUUUUACAAAAAGAUGAUGGAUCCAUUUUGUUUUCUAGGGAAUGUUAUUUGUAGAAAAUUUUGUUCAAAUUGGCUAGAAAACAAAUAUAUCUGAAACUGUGAAAUUUUUGUGAUUUCUAAUAGAAAUAUUUCUUGUCUUAAACUUAAAUUUGGUCCUUUUUUUAUUAUAAGUCAAAUUAAUUUAGAGUUGUUGUUGAAGAUGCAAAUAACUACUUGUACUCCAUUCAAUCACAGCUAUAGCUGCAUCUUUAGGGUCUUUCUCCUGUUUGAAAUUAAACCUCCAAAAAUAACGUCUUUUUCAGCUUUUAAUAUUUUUUCCACGAUUGCACUAUACUUGGCUCAAUCUAUCUCCUUAUCCUCCUCAAUCUGUUUCCCUGUCCAUACAAAUGAUUUUACCACAGCAAGAUGGUGCAACCACUCUGUUUUCACUGCAGGGGUAAUAUGAUGACUUGCAGUGUUAGUUUUUACACCACCUUUUUUUUUACCACAUUUGGCAAAAGUUUGGUUAUGUUAAUUCAUUCCAAUAAAUUACUUUAAGGUUUAUGGUGGUUCCCUUACAAAAAAUGGCUUCUCUUUCAAGGCACUGUGUUUAUAGUUGCAAAUAUAUACUUUGAUCUCUGAAGUAUGCUUUACUAUUAUCAUUUGAAUCAAUAAAAUAUUUUUUAUUGAAUUAAAUUCCAUCUCUAUAGAAAUGUUUUUUUACUUUUCAAUGGUCUAAAAUUGCGCUGCACAUAAAUUUUAGAAAAUGUUUAUGUUUUUUUUAAGAAUAAAAAAACAUUUAACUUUGUUAACAGUGUUUCCACCCCACCGACCCAUCCUAAUGGCCGACUUCUGCUGUCAGACUCCCGUCUUCUCUGCUUGUGUUUCAGUUCAGCACUGAUAUAAGCAUAUCAGCUUUCCGGCGUUUACUGCGCCAUCACUCGCUUCUUGUCUCUCUGCCAUCCUAGCUUUUUGUUGUUUGACUAGCUGUCAGCCAAAGAAGCUGCGCUUGCCAGCCAAGUGUCAGUCUCUUCCGUGUGUGAGCAUAGUUUUUAGUGCAAGCUAAAACAACACGCUUAAGAAAAAUUCUAAUGUGGCUGCAGAUUUCAACCGGGGGAGUUCCUGCACACGUUCCUUCCCUUUACCGGCCUAUCUUUUCAACAAAUAUGCAGUCUCACACACACCUGCUCGACAGCCGCAGGCGAAGGGACUGCCCUCGAAGACACUUAUCAUAACUUCAUCUGGUAGAAGCUUAAAUCGAGCCACGUUGGUAUUUGACAGCUUUCCUUAAUGUGGGAGUUUUCUUCGCGCCAAACUAAAACGGCCGCCGGUUUUUUGCCCAGGGGCAUGUGGUGACAGACGAACAACUGUGUCUUGCAGGCUGAUGAAAUCGUAGAUGCUUAACCUGCCCAUUCUGUAAUGAAGUGUUCAGUGUAGAUUUUUGUUUGGGGCCUGACAGCUUGCAACAUGCGUACCAAAAUUGCCGGUAGCUAGGCAACAAAGCCACCCUUUACCUGAAUUCCCUGCACAUCUCGAGCAUCAUAAAUCAGCAAGAUGCUCAGUCUUGAUAUGAAAUGUUUCACCUCAGUGGCUCCACUUUGACAAACCUGCAAUCUGCGUGCAGCUCUGCCUGUGUUUUCCAAUGCAAACACAGUCGGUGAUUAAUGUGUGCUAAAAUCUACCCCAGUGAGGGUGCAUGCAUACACAAAGACAUGUUGGGGUUUUUCUCUGCUGAUUUUUUUUCUUUUCUCCUCUGUUUUAGAGGUUUUGCUCACCUGUCUGGUCAAUGUUGUUGUUUCAAGGCAUUAGGAAAACACUCUGGCUGUCGUCAGCUUCUUUUAAAAGUGCUCACUGAGCAGAAGCACGCAUGGAGCUCUGUUUUCAGCCAGUGUCAACAUUCUCUGCUCUGUGUUACUCUGCAAAACGGGGCUGUCUUGUUUCUGAUUGCAUGUGGAGAAGUAAAGAUAACCAUAUGACACUGAAGUCAGACUCAACAUAAUUAAUUAUAAACACGUGUCGGCCUCUAUUUUCAAAACUACAUCUUAGACCAUAAACCUGAGCAGCAAGGGCCUUUUUAAAAACUUGAUUGUUUUUGUACAUAUUAUAAUAUUUUCUAUAACUAGGUUGAGUUCCAAUGUUUUAUGUAAAAGAAAGCCAUUUCUUGUCUUUUUCUGAAGUGAAGAGAAAUGUUUUGUUAAACAUGCAACUCUCUCCUGCAAGUGAAAGAGUCAUUUGCUGUUGGUGUUAGACUGUCUUUGCUAGAAGGACGGCUGUGAUGGCCAGCCUCUGCGAUGUGGUUCACAUACGGUCAAACACUGCGACCGUGAGCAACGGUCCGUGACCACUGGAUGCGGGGAGAGGUGCUUUCCAAGUCAAAUCAGCUCCUGCAUUGGGAGGACUUGUUGACACUGCAACGCAAAGGGACUGUUUAUGCUGCAACACAGGACGGACAGUGAAAAAAAAAAAA